AAAGACAUGAUUAUUACUUUCCUGCUCUGUCUUCCUAAAAGGUUCUCGUAAAUGUUUUCUUGGAGCAUUACAAAUGGAAAUGACAGAAAUGACUGGUGUGUCACUGAAACGUGGGUCCCUAGCUGUUGAAGAUAAUGACAGUCAGGCCCCAGCUGAGGAGGCAAAAAGACAGAAGUUCUCAGAAGGCUGUCUGACCAAAGGCCAGGAUGGGCUAGAAAAGAACUCUCCACUCAGCAGUGAAAAUGUGCCUGGGCUACCUGAAAUUGUAAGUGCUGGAAAGAUUGAAAAAAAUUCUGAUGCCCAGUUGGAAGAAGAGGAAGAGGAGGAAGAAGAUGGCCUUUCAGAGGAGGGUGAGGAGGAGGAGGAAGCUGAAAGUUUUGCAGACAUGAUGAAGCAUGGGCUCACUGAACUUGAUGUAGGCAUCACCAAGUUUGUAAGUUCUCAUCAAGGAUUCUCAGGAAUCUUAAAAGAAAGAUACUCUGACUUCAUUGUUCACGAAAUAGGAAAAGAUGGACGCAUCAGCCAUUUGGAUGACUUGUCCAUCCCAGUGGAUGAGGAGGAUCCUUCAGAAGAUGUAUUUACAGUUUUGACAGCCGAAGAAAAGCAGCGUUUAGAAGAGCUUCAGCUUUUUAAAAAUAAGGAAACCAGUGUUGCCAUUGAGGUUGUUGAAGACACCAAAGAGAAAAGAACCAUCAUCCAUCAAGCAAUUAAAUCUCUGUUUCCAGGAUUAGAGACAAAAACAGAGGAUAGAGAAGGAAGGAAAUAUAUUGUAGCCUACCAUGCAGCUGGGAAAAAGGCUCUGGCAAAUCCAAGAAAACAUUCUUGGCCAAAAUCUAGGGGAAGUUACUGCCACUUUGUACUGUACAAGGAAAACAAAGACACCAUGGAUGCUAUUAAUGUAUUGUCCAAAUAUUUAAGAGUCAAGCCAAACAUAUUCUCCUACAUGGGAACAAAAGAUAAAAGGGCCAUUACUGUUCAAGAGAUUGCUGUUCUCAAAAUAACUGCACAAAGACUUGCCCACUUGAACAAGUGCUUGAUGAAUUUUAAGCUAGGGAAUUUCAGCUAUCAGAAAAACCCUCUGAAAUUGGGAGAGCUACAAGGAAAUCACUUCACUGUUGUUCUCAGAAAUAUAACAGGAACUGAUGACCAAGUACAACAAGCCAUGAAUUCUCUCAAGGAGAUUGGCUUUAUUAACUACUACGGAAUGCAAAGAUUUGGAACUACAGCUGUCCCCACAUAUCAAGUUGGAAGAGCUAUACUACAAAAUUCCUGGGCUGAAGUCAUGGAUUUAAUAUUGAAACCCCGUUCUGGAGCUGAAAAGGGGUACUUGGUUAAAUGCAGAGAAGAAUGGGCGAAGACCAAAGACCCAGCCGCUGCCCUCAGAAAACUACCUGUCAAAAGGUGUGUGGAAGGGCAGCUGCUUCGAGGACUUUCAAAAUAUGGAAUGAAGAAUAUAGUCUCUGCAUUUGGCAUAAUUCCUAGAAAUAAUCGCUUAAUGUAUAUUCAUAGCUAUCAAAGCUAUGUGUGGAACAACAUGGUGAGCAAGAGGAUAGAAGAGUAUGGAUUGAAACCUGUUCCAGGGGACCUAGUUCUCAAAGGAGCCAAUAGCUUGACUGCAGUGCUGAAUUCACUAAAUGAAAUGAUGGAAAAUAUUGAAGUUUAUCAUGAAUUUUGGUUUGAGGAAGCCACCAGUUUGACAACCAAACUUGAUAUUCAGGUGAAACUCCCUGGGAAAUUCCGCAGAGCUCAGCAAGGGAACCCGGAAUCUCAGCUGACCUCUGAGAGUUACUAUAAAGAACCCCUAAGUGUUCCAACAAUGGAAUACAUUAUUCAGGAACUGAAAGAUAUAUUCUCAGAACAGCACUUCAGAGCUCUUCAAGGCUGAUCUCUGGUAUCCUCUGUCAUGGCACAGCUCAAAUUCAGUACAUUGGAAGAGCACCAUGCUGACAUGUACAGAAGCAACUUACCCAGUCCUGAUACACUCUCAGCUGAGUUGCAUUGUUGGAGAAUCAAGUGGAAACACAGAGGGAAAGAUACAGAGCUUCCAUCCACCAUUUAUUAAGACCUCCACCUGUCGCACAUCAAGUUUUUCCUAAUGUUUAUGCACUGCUGAAGAUCCUAUGUAUUCUUCCUGUGAUGAAGUUUGAGAAUGAAUGCUAUGGAAAUGGGCAAAAGUUUCUCAAAGCAUACCUGAAAAACACUUUGACAGACCAAGUAACAAGUGUCAAGUAACCUAACUUUGCUGAACAUAAAUUUUGAUAUAAAACAGGAUUUGGAUUUAAUGGUGGACACAAAUGUCCAACUAUACAGCUAAGUCAGAGCUUCCUACAGAUAAUUCAGAAACCAUCAAAAAUACCUGAAAGACUUUUAAAAUAAGCUUUCUCUUAUAUUUGAUAUUUUAAAAAAUUUGUGAGAAAUUUGAAAACAUCUCACAGAAAAGCUAUAAGGUAUAUGUAGGCCAGUUAAUCACUGAAUAUCUUGAGUACAUUAGCCAUUGAUAAUCUGCCUGUUUAAAUGGCCCCUGUUUGACCUCUUAUGCUUUGGAACACUGUUCCUCCAGAAGGUAGCAUUGAAAGUGCCCUGUUACCCUUCUGCAUGAUCUCUGCUAGUGGCACUUUGGAAUUGUUUUAGUUGUUGUUUUAUUUUUUUAAUCCUCACCUGAGAGUAUGUUUUUAUUGAUUUGAGAGGGAAACAUCGAUU